AGAAGCGACCAAAGCAGAAUACAACGUGGGCCUGUUUUAAGACAUUCCACAGUGACUCAUCCUGCCCCUUUUUAACCUUUCACCACACUUCUUCCUUUACAUUUCCUACAUGGAUCAUUUUUGUGUUUGCGUACUGAUAAAGUUCUCUCUGUGUAUCUCUUGGCUGGCCUGCCUUUCCACUUCCGUGUCUGUCUAGCUACCUAUCUACUGAUUCAUUUAUUACACAUAAUUCUCAGCAUCAUCAAUGUGACAUCAUUGUCCACUCCUUAGCAGCUCUUAAGAAGCCCCAAACCUCCGGGAAAUCCAUAUUGCCAGGGGCCAACAUCCUUUGGAAAAACAUCUGGGGGAAACUCAACAAUAAGCCGGUGAUUUACACCAAUUAGAUAAUCUCAAAAGGACAAAUUCUGGGUCAAGCGCCCGACUGCCCUCCUACGCUCCUGUCAGGCUCAGGUGAGUGGGAUAGUCUGUUGGCAAGUAACGGGUUAGUGUCUGUCUCCCCCCUACACCUCCUCAUCUCAUCCCUUCACCCCCCCCCCCCCUUCAUCUCCGAGGGCUAUAUAUUGGACGUUGCGACUCGUCUGCAUCUUAAGCAUCACUCGCACCCGCAGACAUUCGCAGACAUACAAACCCACAAGUGUCUGGUUCAUUUUGAGCAACGGCGUAGACGAAGAGCAGACUCUAGCGAUGAGGUCCCUGUUGAAGCUGGUUGUGAUUCUGUUUUGCGUCCAGAGGGGAGAGGGCCGCUGGCUGAGAUCACUGAUUGAUCAGAAACAAGAAGCAGCAUCUCCACACAUAUCACCAAAUGCGGACAAGAGAAACAGAGAUCCAUCUGCAGAAGACGGCCAAACAGAAGCUUCUGGAGUCGGGCCAUCACCCAAUCCCGUCGUCCCGAUCCCAGUCCGGUCGCGUCGUUCUGCUCCAGACUCCCAGUGUGGCCUGCGCUCCAUCCUGCUGCAGGUUCGAAACCUCGGGCUGGGCUAUGACUCCGACGAGACCAUCCUGUUCAAGUACUGCGGUGGGACGUGCCCCCAUGUUCGCUCCAACCAUGACCUCACCCUCACCAACCUGCUGGUAAGCGGGGUGCUCCCUCAACCAGCACCUGGGGAGGUGUGGCACAACACGCCCUGCUGCAGGCCCACCCACCACGAGGACGUGGCCUUCCUCGAUAACUCGCACCGUUGGCACAAGGUGGAGAAACUGUCGGCAGCAGAGUGCAGCUGUGUUGGCUAGACAGCCGAGCGGAGACAAUUGAACGGAGGAAGUGAGAGGGUAGGGGUGUGUGACGGGGCGUAUGAUGGUUUGUGAGGACAAGUCGAUUCUAAGGACAAGUUUGCUGGCAGGUUUUCUUAUUGUGUCUGUAAAUGAAGAGUUGAAUUCCAAAAUGACAUACCUUUGAGUAAGCUGAAACCUUUUCUUAUGACGUUAUUUAUGUCAAAAUCAAUGAGCACAAAAAACCCUUUCACUUUUGGGUGAAAACCUCAUGAAUCCAGUUAAGUUGAUUUAAAUGUUUUGACUUCGACUGCUGAUCUAAUGGGCCUCAAUGGGAUUAGAAUUUUAUUACUUUUGGCAUU